AUCAUCCUUGUACACUGGUAAAAAUGGCGAUUCAGAUCCUCAAUGGCGGUGAUGGAUCGGAUGAAUUACAGAUUGAAAUGUUAGGGGCAGGUCAAGAGGUAGGAAGAAGUUGCUGUGUCUUACGUUAUAAAGGAAAGACGGUAGUUUGCGAUGCAGGCGUUCAUCCUGCCUAUCAAGGUAUUGCUGCUUUGCCAUUCAUAGAUGAAUUGGAUUGGAGUACGGUUGAUGCACUAUUGAUCACACAUUUUCAUCUUGAUCAUGCUGCCGCUCUUACCUAUGUGAUGGAAAAGACAAACUUUCAAGAUGGAAAAGGAAAGGUGUACAUGACCCAUCCUACCAAAGCUGUUUAUCGUUUCCUUAUGCAAGAUUUCGUCAGAAUGUCAAGCUCAGGUGCAGAUGAUCAAUUGUUCGACGAAGAAGAAAUGUUGGCUUCUUGGCGAAAGAUUCAAGCAGUUGACUAUCAUCAAGAUGUGGCCGUCGGAGGUGGUUUACACUUUACGCCUUAUCAUGCCGGACAUGUCUUGGGAGCAUGCAUGUUCAUGAUCGAAAUCGCAGGUUUGAAGAUCUUGUAUACAGGCGACUUUAGUCGGGAAGAGGAUCGACAUCUGGUACAAGCAGAGAUACCGCCGAUUCGACCUGACAUUCUCAUUUGCGAAUCAACUUACGGCACACAAAGUCUAGAACCCCGUUUAGAGAAAGAGGAGCGCUUCACAGAUUCGGUGCAUGCAAUCGUCAAGAGAGGUGGUAGAGUGUUACUACCGGUCUUCGUUCUUGGAAGAGCACAAGAGUUGCUGCUGUUGCUAGAUGAAUAUUGGUCACAACAUCCGGAUUUGCAUUCGAUUCCGAUCUACUACGCUUCAGCAUUGGCACGAAAGUGUAUCGGAAUUUACCAAACAUAUAUCCACACAAUGAAUGAACACAUCCGAACACGAUUCAAUAGACGUGAUAACCCUUUCGUCUUCAAGCACGUUUCCAAUCUACGAAGCUUGGACAAAUUUGACGAUCGAGGACCAUGUGUGAUGAUGGCAAGUCCCGGUUUCAUGCAAAGUGGUGUAUCACGAGAAUUGUUGGAGAGAUGGGCACCCGAUAGACGGAACGGUUUGAUUGUUACAGGUUACUCGGUCGAGGGAACAAUGGCAAGGAGUAUUCUCAAAGAACCUGAUGAGAUUAUGAGUCUGGCUGGUCAAAGGAUCCCGCUGGAAAUGUCGGUGGACUAUAUCUCAUUCUCAGCUCACGUUGACUAUACGCAAAACAGUAAAUUCAUCGAAGAGAUUAAAGCGCAACACAUUGUUCUUGUACAUGGAGAACAGAACAACAUGAAUCAACUCAAGCGUGCCUUGCAAGGAAAGUUCUCCGAUCGAGCGGAAGAUAUCAAGAUUCAUACACCGCGAAAUUGCGAAACUCUGAAGAUCAAAUUUCGAGGAGAAAGAACUGCAAAAGCGAUUGGAAGAAUUGCAGCCAAAACGCCCAAACAGGGUGAUUUAUUGUCUGGUCUAUUGAUCAGUAAGGAUUUCGCCUUUACGAUUCUGGACCCGGAAGAUUUGUUGGAUUUUACGGGGUUGAGCACGAGUACAAUCAUUCAGCGACAGCGAGUUGCCAUUCAUGUUGGCUGGUCUUUGGUUGUGUAUCACUUGCAAGGCAUGUUUGGCAAAUUAGUGGAAGGUGUGGAUUUGGAAGGAAAGCGUACGAUUCGGAUUAUGGAUGUGUUGGAUCUCAAGCAAUCGUUAGAAAGCUCUUCUGAGUAUUUGCUGGAAUGGAAGAGCGGAACGGCAAAUGACAUGGUUGCCGAUAGCUGUUUGGCUUUAUUGUUGGGAAUCGAAGGAAUGCCCGCCAGUGUGCGAGCAACCGUAUCUGAAACCAAUCAUGAUCAUGAUCACCAUCAAGGAGAUCAUCCAAUGGCUGAUCAUGUUGAUACGCUCUCAAGAGCAGAGCAACUUGCUGCUUUCUUGGAAGCUCAUUUUGGCAGUUUUGAGGAAAUCAUGAUUGGUGGAGUGGAUGAGGAGAUUGUGGAAAAUGGAGGCUUGGCUGUGAAAGAGGAAGAAGAGGAAGCGGAAAAAGAAGUGAAGCAAGAAGGAGACGUCAAAAUGGAAGAAGGAGAAGAGGCUGUCAAGCUUGGUUCAAAGUCACCUACUCCAGCACCGUUUUUGCAUCAAUUUCGUGGCACGCCUGAAAGGAUGGCAUUGCGGGUACAAUUGGACCAAGAACAAGGCGUAGUGGAAACGGAAUCUAUGAAAAUUACUGCCUCCUCAACCACUUUACAAAAGCAAAUUGAGAGCAUCGUUCAAUUAGCUUUAUCAACUUCUUCGCAUCUAUCAGAAACUUUUGUCCUUCAGCCACAAUUGACCAGUGAGCUGUUUCAAGGCAAACACACGCUUCCGGUCGAACCGGGAAGUACGGAAGCCAAAAAGAUGAUUACCGAUUCAUAGUCAUCAUGUACAAUUAAGAUGUAUUUUUACCUCACAUACACACGCACGCACAAAUAAAAAUCAUGAAAAG